CCCAUGGGCAUAAGUAGUGUCUUCACGAAAAUGAAAACAACGAGGAGUCCUGUGGCACCUUAAACACUAACAGAUGUAUUUGGGCAUAAGCUUUCCUGGGUAAAAAACCCAGCACUUCAGCUGCAUGGUGUGAAAAUUACAAAUGCAGGCAUUAGCAUCAGGCUAUCCCCGAUACUUCACUGAAGAGCUACAGCCGCAUAGUUGCAGCUUUUUCACUGCAGACAAACGCUUAGACUGUGACUGUGGCCCGCUCCUUGUAUCAGUCUGUAAACACCAGGCAAACUUAAGCACGGAACAAACAAGGAUUCAUGCUCAACGGGGCCUCAGCCUGGGCUGGGUGCAGGACAGGGGCGUGCAGACAGGCAGCGGGGAGGUGACUUCUGCCUCCCUCAGUUUAGGCCGAGUGCUCCUGGGGCUCAGGCCAGCCAGACGAGCUCCCCCGGCCCUGGGGUAGUUUAGCGGGGGCAGCUGUGGGCGAGGUGCUGGGAGAUCCGGGCAGGUUGGGGGAGUUUCUACGAGCUCUGCCCCAGGCGUUGUUUGGGGCACGGCCCCCGGCCUAGGCACACGGUGCUGACGGAAUGGAGAAGGUUGUUGCUUGUCCAUACAGAAGGCCUAAUGCGCUUUGUAGGCUGAUUUGCUUCCCCUGGGCUGGAAGUGGCGCUACCCAUUUUGCACAAUGGGGGAAACACUUUGACAACUCAACAGAAGUUUAUUCUAUAAAGCUUCCUGGAAGAGGAUCUCGUGUUAAUGAACCUUUUGCAAAAGACAUGAAAACUAUCGUUAAUGACAUUACUAGUGUUUUGCUUCAAGACUUGGAAGAGAAACCUUUUGCAUUAUUUGGUCACAGUUUUGGAUCAUAUGUUAGUUUUGCGGUUGCAGUACACUUGAAAGAAAAAUAUGGAUUACAACCAGUGCAUCUUUUUGUAUCAAGCGCAAGUCCCCCACAUACAACAUUUUGUUAUCCUCUCUACACGGUAAAAGACCAAAACGAAGAAGAAAUUAUCAAAUUGAUACAGUCUCUUGGAGGUAUUCCUCCUGAGUUUCUGCAGAACAAAAAUAUUAUGAAACACUUCAUUCCUGCAUUAAGAGCAGAUAUCGCAGUUAUUCAGUCCUUUCUCUUUGAGGAACAGGUAAUGGAUGGUCUCUCUUGUGACCUUACAUGCUUUGGUGGGUCUGAAGAUUUGCCAUUUGAUUUAGAAGCAUGGAAAGAUGUAAUAAGUGGAGAUACCACUAUUCACAAGCUUCCUGGAGGACACUUUUAUCUGCUGGACCCUGCUAAUGAAAUUUUCAUGAUAGACUAUAUGAAAAAAUGUAUAGAAACUGCUGAUCUCUGAGUAUUUGUCUUUAUUUUGCUGGGGGAGAGGUCAAAGAUUAGUCCAAAACAGUAAAUAAUACAAAACAUUUUUUAUACAAAUUUACAACUACCACAGUGACAAAGUAAGCAACUUUCUGUAGCAACAGGGCUAACAGUUGAUGUAUUAAUACAGGUGCAUCCUACAGCCAAAGGUUUUUCCAGGAUAUAAUUUAUGACGAUACUUAGGAAAAUUCUGAUUCUUAAAAAUAAACAGCCAGUACAUUAA